CAGCGCCUUCUGGGAUGCAGAGGAGAGAAUCACUCAGAGGUGUGGGGGUACGAGUCUCCCUUGUCUGAGAGGCCGCCUCGGCGGACACCACGUUACAUUCGUCAUGUCUCCUUAGGCUCCUCUUGGCUGUGAGAGUUUCUCAGACCUUCCUUAUUUGUGAUGACCUUGACAGUUUUGAGGAGUCCUGGUCAGGCUGUAUCCUAGUCCAGUUGUCCUGAGACCACCAAGAACAAACCUUUAGUCUGACAGUCAGCUCAGUUGAUCCACUGCAAUGAGGGGGAGGAACUGAGGGCAUAUGACUACACAGAGGGCAAGGAGGCUCCCAGCUUUCUGGUCGGCUGAGAAAACUGGCCUGUCUGGUCCGGUUCGGCUGCACUCCACACACCCCCACCCCCACCCCACCGCCGGGGCGGGCUGGCAGAGAACAGCUGACUCCAGCCGCUGCUCAUGUGACCGUCGCAGCUCCCUGUCCUGCUCCCUGUCCCAGGCCAGAGUGGACACUUUCAGGGUCUCCUUCUGGGAGGGGUACCAGCGUGCCGCCAGGCGUGGAGGGAUUAAUCAGUGACAGGAAGCUGCCUCUUUCGGAGCAGUGACUGCUGUGGUCAGGAGAGCCUCUGCCAGGCCAGCCCUAGGAAUCUGUCCUGCUCCCCGCCUGCUGCUUACCCCUGCUCCUGCCAUGGGGUGCCUUGGGGCCCUCCUCUUCCUGCUUGGGGGCCUGGGAGCUCUCGCCCAGAUCUGCGAAAUAACAGAGGUGGACAGCACGCUGGUGGAGAGGCUGGGCCAGCGCCUCUUGCCCUGGAUGGACCGGCUCUCCCCGGAGCAGCUGAACCCCAGUAUCUACGUGGGCCUGCGCCUCUCCAGCCUGCAGGCUGGGGCCAAGGAGGCCCACUACCUGCACAGCCUCAAGCUCAGCUACCAGCAGAGCCUCCUGAGCAAUGACAACAGUGACUCCGAGGCCAAGCCCUCCAUGGGCCAGCUGGCCCUCUACCUGCUCGCUCUCCGGGCCAACUGCGAGUUUGUUAGAGGCCGCAAGGGGGACAGCCUGGUCUCACAGCUGAAGCGAUUCCUGGAGGACGAGAAGGGGGCCAUUGGGCAUAAUCACCAGGGCCACCCUCACACCAGCUACUACCAGUACGGCCUGGGCAUCCUGGCCCUGUGUGUCCACCAGAAGCGGGUCCAUGACAGCGUGGUGGGCAAGCUCCUGUAUGCUGUGGAACACAAACAGCAUCUCCAGCAGGGCCACCUCCCUGUGGACACACUGGCCAUGGCGGGCUUGGCCUUCUCCUGUCUGAAGCUAUCCAACCUCAACCCCAAUCUGAGAAACCGGAGCACUGUGGCCCUCGGGAGAGUGCAAGAGAAGAUCCUAAAGGCCCAGACCCCAGAGGGCCACUUUGGGAAUGUCUACAGCACCCCUCUGGCACUGCAGUUGCUGAUGGCCUCCCUUAGGCCCACGGUGGAGCUGGGCACAGCAUGCCUCAAGGCCAAGGAUGCUCUGUUGGCCAGCCUACAGCACAAGGCCUUCCAGAACCCUCUCAUGAUUUCUCAGCUGCUGCCCAUCCUGAACCAGAAGAGCUAUGUGGAUCUCAUCUCUCCAGACUGUGAGGCACCAAGAGUCCUGUUGGAACCAGCUACGGAGACCCCUUCACAGACCCAAGUCCCAGAGGUCAUCCAUGUCACGCUGAAGGUCUCCAGCACCUUUCUUUCGUACAGACACUCCGUCUCUGUCCCUGUCAGCUCCUCUUUGGAAGAUGUCCUGAAGAAGGCCCAGGAGCACAGCAGAUUCACGUAUGGAACACAGGCCUCCUUGUCAGGCCCCUACCUGACCUCUGUGAUGGGGAACAAAGCUGGGAACGUGAGUUCUGGCAACUCUCCGAGCCCCCGACACCCCCCUGCUGCAAGGUAUUGCUGACUACAGACCCAGGGAUGGAGAAACCAUCGAGCUGAGGCUGGUUGGCUGGUAGACCCCAGGCUCACCACCCCAGCUGCCUCCCACACUUCCUGGGCUUCUGCCCUCCCUCCAGACAUCCCUGUAACAGGCACACGCCUGACCCUGCUGCCUCCUCUUGUGCACUUGUCCCCGGAUCGCCACAGCCACCACCCCUGCGGGGGUCCUAAACUACCACCCACCCUGGAGCAGGGAGCCCAGCACCUUCCGCAGCAGGUCUGUCUGCCCAGGUCUGGCCCCAUCUGGCCCCGCAGGUGUCCCAUGAAGGCCACUCAUAGGCUGGAGGGCAUGAGCAUCUGACUCCUUGGCAGGAGGAGGCCACCGGCCGCUGGCGUUGUGAGUACCGCUUGCUCUGGGAUGGGGGUCCCGCAAGGAGAGCUCUGUGGCCCUGACCCUAGCUUUCCACUCUUUACUCCAUCGGGGCUGCUGCCCCAGAGCCGACUGCGGCAUAGCAGCUGGCGAGGGCUCUGUGGGGCUGCUGUCAGCCCACUUCCAAAAUGAUUAAAGAAUUGAUUGUGCACAUGC